AUGGGCCUAUCAAGAAUCGAGGUACUACCCGAUGAGCUACUCGAUCUGAUCAUGUGCUACCAAGAUCGCAGGGCACUUCAUGCCCUCUGCCUGGUAUCCAAAGACAUGAACCGUAUCGCAACUGCCCGACUAUAUGCAAACAUUGAACUCGAAAAAGACGACUUCAAGUACCUUCGCCCCUUAGCGCUCCUAUUCUGGACAUCUGCACCUCAUCGCGAAGCCGUGCGUUCCCUGUGCGUGCGACAUGCAUACGGCGGCAAUCUCGACCCUUGGCCCAACCACCCAGACCUCGAUGCCAUCAUCAGGAAGAACCUCGAGUUUCGACCCUGCAUCGAGAAAGACGGGAAUUAG